AAUGCAAAAAAAAAUAAAAGGGUGCCAAGAAGCUGGGACGGAGGAACGUGGGUGUAAAUAGACAGUGAACGCUGUUGCUCUCUCUCUCUCUUUUUCUCUCUCUCUCUCUCCCUCCCUCCCUCCCCCUUCUCCUUCCCUCUCUUUCUUUCUCUCUUUUAUGAAAUCAAUGAACGAGUUAUUGGGUAGGACAUAAAUAUAAGGAAUCAAACCCUCCAUCGGGACCAACGGCAUUGUGCGCUUUUGAAAUGUGUCUUUGCCAAACGCUACAUGUGUUUUCAAACCAUUCUAAAAACUGGCUGUGAUAGGACGAGAGCGGACCCUCACUGGCUCGGCUUGGUCUCGGAACCAAAUUUUGAUCUUUUAUUUUUUAUUUUUAUUUUUUCCUUUUUCUUAUUUUGUGACGAUCCUCCACCAUCACCAUCUGCUGCUGCUGUGUCCAUCCCAACUCACUGGCAGAUUUUGAAGCAUGGCAACUUUAACCAACGGGCAGGUGGACGGCACCGUGCACGGUGUCGGUGUCGUGUCUGCCACCACGAACGGGCUCGUGAACGGAUUAAGCCACAGCCCGGCGGGAUGUCCGGCCACCAUACCCAUGAAGGACCACGAUGCCAUCAAACUCUUCAUCGGUCAGAUCCCCCGCAACCUGGACGAGAAGGACCUCCGGCCCCUGUUCGAGGAGUUCGGCAAGAUCUACGAGCUCACUGUGCUCAAGGACCGCUUCACGGGCAUGCACAAAGGCUGUGCCUUCCUCACCUACUGUGCCAGAGAGUCGGCCCUGAAAGCCCAGAAUGCGCUGCAUGAGCAGAAGACCCUGCCAGGAAUGAACAGACCAAUCCAGGUGAAGCCUGCAGACAGCGAGAGUCGAGGAGAAGACAGAAAGCUCUUUGUGGGCAUGCUCAACAAGCAGCAGUCAGAAGACGACGUGCGGCGCCUAUUUGAGUCCUUUGGCAGCAUCGAGGAAUGCACCAUCCUCAGAGGUCCCGAUGGAAACAGUAAAGGCUGUGCGUUUGUAAAAUACUCCUCUCACGCUGAAGCUCAGGCAGCCAUCAGUGCACUACACGGCAGCCAGACAAUGCCUGGUGCCUCGUCCAGUCUGGUGGUGAAGUUCGCUGACACGGAUAAGGAGCGCACCAUCCGCCGCAUGCAGCAGAUGGCCGGUCAGAUGGGCAUCUUCAACCCCAUGGCCCUGCAGUUUGGAGCCUACGGAGCCUACGCUCAGGUGCAGCAGCAGGCAGCGCUGAUGGCAUCUGUGGGUCAGGGCGGUUACCUCAGUCCCAUGGCAGCCUUUGCUGCAGCCCAGAUGCAGCACAUGGCCACCAUCAAUGGCCUCCCAGGAGCACCGUUGACCCCCACGUCAGGAGGCAGCACGCCCCCGGGCAUCAGCGCCCCCACAGUGACCAGCAUCCCUUCUCCCAUCAGUGUAAAUGGUUUUACUGGCAUACCGCCACCCCAGGCAAACGGGCAGCCACCUGCAGAAGCUGUGUUCACCAACGGGAUACAUCAUUACCCCGUGUUGCAGGAGGUGGUUUUUAGGGAGGACUCAGAGAAAAACGGCUUGGGCGUGGCUCCUCGGAGUUGUUUUGGGGUUCAGGGUGGCUGCUUCCUCUCCUCUCUCUCUGAAGCAGCUCAAAGUCCCACUGCAGCCGAUCCUCUCCAGCAGGCUUACACAGGAGUCCAGCAGUAUGCAGCAGCCUAUCCAGCUGCAUACGGUCAGAUCAGCCAAGCCUUCCCCCACCCUCCACCCAUUAUUCCACAGCAGCAGCGAGAAGGACCAGAGGGUUGCAACCUGUUCAUCUACCACCUCCCUCAGGAGUUUGGGGAUGGAGAGCUGAUGCAGAUGUUCCUGCCUUUCGGUAAUGUCAUCUCCUCCAAAGUGUUUGUGGAUCGGGCGACAAACCAAAGUAAAUGCUUUGGGUUUGUGAGCUUUGACAACCCAGGUAGCGCCCAAGCUGCCAUCCAAUCCAUGAACGGCUUUCAGAUCGGCAUGAAAAGACUGAAGGUUCAGCUCAAGAGGCCUAAGGACGCCAACCGCCCCUACUAGCCACUGCCCCAGCCGGCCGCUGCCAUCGUGGCGGGCGGGGCAGCCAUCCUGCACAGGAAUACAGGAUUUGUUGAGCUGAAUAAUGUGUUGACCACAUGCUACCCACCACUGAGUGCAAACUAAACAUCUGGACUGCUGCUUGGGAAUGAACCAGGAGUGAGAAGAGCCCAGAGCGAAUCAAGGACAUCUCCUUUUUGGAUGUACUAACUAACACUUUGGAACUCAGCGAGCAUUUGAAACCAGUCUGGUUAGCACCAGGACUUCUUCUCUCCUGCACACAUGUACACACUUCUUCCACCACAAAACCUUGCUUGAAUGACAGCUACCUUGUCUGGACCACAAACACUUCUACUUGAAAAGUGAGGGGGGAGUGGGAAAAAAAGAGAAAAAGUAAAAGUCAACGAUACUAUCUAUCGAGCCUACUUACAACGACCGACCCCACUGGAAUCGUGGAUGUCAAAAGUCCAACAAGAAAAAAAAAAGAACAGCUUUUUUAAAAACUGGAUAGUGGAUUGCCGUAGGAGAUCUUUCUGUGAGACGGUUUGAGUUUUUUGGGACAGCUGACUUUUGAAGACCAAUUUCUAAGACUUGAAACAAGGAGGUACAAUUUCUCAGAGAAAGAACCUAAGUAGGGAAUGUGACAUUUUCAGGACACAAACUGGCUUAGACUUGGGAUGGCCAUCUUCAGCUCGGAGUGCCUGUUCGUUUCCAGGGGAUACUGUUGCUGGGGAGAGCCCUAGCAACGGUUUCCAGGGAGUCUUAUCUGUCAUUCCUUAGUUGUUUUAGGGACCAAAAGACCAAACAUUUUUACUGCUGAGGACUUGUAGCUCUAAUAUACUCGGACCACUGCGGCUCUUACAGUCAGCGUUAACUGCUUGGAGGGUUGCACCUAAAACAAAAUGUACAUUUCGAAUAUAUACAAAACAUGUAUAUAAACAUAUAUAUUGCUGAUAUGCUUUUUGAAUAUGAGCAAAACUAUUUCAGAUGACCAAAAAGGGUCGCUCACUUCGCUAGUUUACAAUUACUCCAAAUGUUUAUUUAUCUUAUUUGACUUUUCUCUUUGUUUUUAUUUUGAGUUGGGAGGGAGGGCGAGUGCAUGGGAGGGGCUGCUCCGUAUCACAGCCUUAUCUUUUUUAAAUUGACAUCUUAACCUCAUAGAUAGAACAACAUCAGAAACAUUUGAAAUAUAUGAACUUGUUUAUAUUUGCAGUACAUAUAUGUGUAUAACAAGCAUUCAAGCAAAUGUAUUCAUAUAUACAGUAUAUAUGGAUAAUAGGUAUUAAUCACAAAUAUAUGUAUUUAUAUGCACAUAUUUUACGCGUGUGUGUGUGUGCGUGCGUGCGUGUGUGUGUGUGGAAAGGAUACUGACUACGAUGAGAUUUGGGUUUUUUAAUUUAUUUAUUUUUUUAGAUUUUAACCGAAGUUUGAAGCAACGCUCUGCUUGGGAAGAAUUGCAAAUCUGGCAGCUCCCAAAACUGCAGGCAUUCCUAUCUCUGAUAACCUAUAUGCUGACACAAAAUAAUAUGUCACUGAGGGAUACGUGUGCGUGUGUGUGUGUGUGUGUGUGUGUGUGCAUGUGUGAGGAACAGAAGUUUUUGUAAAUAUUAUUUUAAAAUGCAAAGUCACAUCUCAGUAGCAGGCUUAAAAAAUCAGGCUAAAUGAUUUUAGAGGGAAAGGAAAAUUAUCUUUAACUCUAUUCCGAACACAUAUCAUGUAAGCUCUCUCUCUCACACACACACACACACACACACACACACACGCACAUAAACUUCUCUUUGAAACUUGAACCAAAAUGAAUACAUCUCACAAACCCUUUCUCUCUUUUGCAUUCAGUAAAGUGCAUGUAGCGUAUGGGCUGUCACCAUGUCAAGGUGUGCCUUGUCACCUGCAGAAUCUGCCAUCCAGCACUGUGCUUCUAGAAAA